AUGUCACUCCAUCUCACCCGUGCCCUUCAAAGCAAAGCCCCCGCUUUCCCCCACGCGCGGCAAUCAUUCCUCCGCGUCCCGCCGUCACACUUAUUCUCUUGCCCCUCAGCCUCGAUUAAAAACUCCCCCGGAAAAUCAAUCCUGACCUUACAAUCGCGCAAUAUGUCUUCCGCCCCUGCUAAGAAAGAGUUCCUCUGUAUCCUGCCCGAUAAGCCCGGCGCGCAGGCCAAGCGUCUCGAGGUUCGCCCUAAGCACCUCGAGGGCGUUAAGCCGAAUGUUGCGACUGGUGCUAUUGUUGCCGGUGGCGCAAUGCUCAAUGCUCACCCCGCUGAGGGUGAGACACCCUCCUUCAAGGGAAGCAUGAUGCUUGCUGUUGCGGAGAAUGAGGCCCAGGUGCUCGAGCUGCUUAACAAUGACAUAUAUACCACUUCUGGUGUGUGGGACAUGGAGAAUGCGCAGAUUAUUCCGUUCAAGUCUGCUGUUCGUGAGGCUUUGUAG